UCUACUACUAUGUUUGGACCUCAUACCCAUAGCUCACUGGACUUCCCCAACUUCCAAACUCAUAACAAAAUGGACUGAAAAGGCCCAUUUUUUUUUAAAAAAAAAACUAAAAAAUUAAAAUAAAAAAUGAGUAGAAUUCCAAGUGACAAGUAAUCACAUAUUGGCGGUUGAGAGCCGUUAGUUAUUUAUUUUCUCUCUCCUCAUCUUACAACACAUCUUCAACACAAACUCUGUUACUCUAAAAAAACCCAGAAUUUACGCAUCAAAAUGCCUCUAAGAGCAGCAUCAAUGGCGGCUGCUCCGCUCUACGUUCACCGGAGCAAUUUUCUCUCUCCUAGUCAGCAUCAUCAGCUUCCGCCUCUUUCUUCAUCUACUCUCUUACUCAAAGGUAGACUCAAUUCCGACUCUAAACGACGCCGUUUUGUCCUCGUUGCUCAAGCCGUUGAUUCUUCGUCUACUUCUUCUUCUCCGCCAUCCACCGCCUCCGCCGCCGCCGCCGACAAAUCAAUCGUUUCUGAUGAUCAAUUAUCUCUCUCCAAGAUUUCCUUUGGUGUCGUGGGACUUGGAAGUGGAGUCACAUUACUAGCGUAUGGUUUUGGUGCCUACUUUAAUAUUCUUCCGGGAUCAGAAUGGUCGGCGUUAAUGUUGACUUAUGGUUUCCCUGUUGCAGUUAUUGGCAUGGCUCUCAAGUAUGCAGAACUUAAACCUGUGCCUUGUGUGACUUAUUCUGAUGCUGAAAUGGUGCGGGAAAAGUGUGCCACUCCAGUUCUUAAGCAGGUAAAGACAGAUGUUACCAGAUUUCGGUAUGGGGAUGAACAACACCUUGAUGAAGCGUUGAAACGGAUUUUCCAAUAUGGCCAGGGUGGUGGUAUAGCAAGAAGAAGUGCCCCUGUCCUUCAAAUGAUACGUGAAGAGGUGACUGAAGAUGGCAAAUACUGCUUAGUUUUGGCGUUUAAGGCAAAAGAUCUGCAACUUUCAGAUUUUGAACGAAGACAGGCAAAAUUUGCUUCAUUCUUUGGACCAGGGAUCACUGCUGAAGUUGGUAAAGGAGCGGAUGAUCUCUACGAAGUUCGUCUCAUAUCUAAUACACAAGCAUAAAGGAGUAACCAACAGUUAAGGAACUAGUUCUUCUAGCAGCCUGAUUAUGAGCCUUGUAAGAAUUUUGUAUAGUUUGUAUACAUACCAGAUAUACUAGCAUGUUAAUAAACCUGCAGAUUAUAUAAUUAAUGUUUCAUUUAUCUAUGAUAUGGUCAUUGAGUUCGCCAUAUACUCAUGUGUGUUUAUAAAAUUGUAUUACAAGUCUUCAAUUAAAACCUA